AUGGCACCAACCCAAAAUUCAAAACUUGGCGAGCUUGUUACAAAUGGUGACAAUUCUAUUGGGCUCGGUCCAUAUAAGCAUGCAUUGGCCCGGUCCAGCCCAUUGCCUUUCUCCUCCCUCCGCUUCGUCUUACCCGCUACAAUUCCUCUUCCACUGAUGAAUGCUGAUCCAGCCAGCAUAUUUCAUUUUUUCGACACCGGAGAAGCAGAGAAAGAAAAACCAGAAAGCAAAGAGAAAAGGGGAUCGGACCAAGGCAACAGAAUAUUCAGCGGUGCGAGAUCUAGGCUCAUUAGCACGUCGCUCAUAAGCUUCGUCACUGCAUUCUGGAUUUCCAAGCAAGCAAGCAAGCAAUCCUCUCCAUUAUCUAUUGGCUUCCCUGUAAGAUCUGUUUCGGUCCUCGUCGUCGAUUCGAUCUCUGAAUUCAUUGGAUCAACCUGA